AUGGAAUUCAAGUUCAAACCCCAAAAGACACCUCAUAUUCAACCCCAUCGUACUCAAAAGGCUCAGAAGCCAUCCAGCUUAGCUUUCGUCAAUGUUGACAACCCGACACAAGCUAAAGACAGAGCAACGCUGCAGAAAGUACGUCGCCAUGUCAUGAAAGACAUCGGUAGAUCAAGAAGAUCUCGCCAAAGCCACGAUUUAAUUGCCACAAAGCCGUUGUAUCAAGUCGAACAAAUGCCCACCUAUUGGGGCGAUGUCCAAGUUUGCGUUAAUGUCAAGCGCGUCUUUUGGGCUAUGGAGAUGGUUUCUGGAGCACUUUUGUCCAUAACAGUUGUUGAUCCAGCAAUUAGAGAUCGACAAAAGAUCACUAGGCGUCAGGAUGAGCCGCCUUCCUUGAGAGAUAUCGAGCUAUACACCAACUCGCUUGGCACUGUUCGCAAAUCUAUCCUUGCUGAGAGUCAAAUCCGUCGAAGAGCGAUAAUGGGGACUGUGAUAUGUCUAUCUAUGUUUGAUAUGAGAGUUGGUAAUUUGAGUUCGUGGACAAUGCACAUGGCAGGACUUCAAAUGAUGCUUGACCUGACUGGUGGUGUUGAGUCACUAGACUCUACUUCCCCGUUGAGACAGGCUCUGUUCUUGGCCGAUCUCUUCGGUUGCUUAAAACAAGACAUAUCACCAAAAUUUCCUUCGCUCCAUCUGCAGUUUGAGCCGCAAGCGAUCUUGUCUCCAUACACCCGUAGGCUGGUUGACUCUCUCGAAAGAAUGCACUUAUCAGAAGAUACACCAACAGUAAUCAUUCGGAAUUCCUUUGCAUAUGCCUCUCGUGUUGCUGCGCUUCUGAACAAACAGUGGGCAGAGAAUCCGACUGAUUCUAGCUUUGUUCUACCGACAUGCAGUCUUGCACAUCAAGCGUUAUCCCUGCCAAGAUGGGAUCUCAUUACAGGAGAAGGCAGGGGAGCUAUGGCUCAAGUCUCGGCAUUGGCAGAACUUGUACGCAUUGCUACAUUGUCUCUCUUCUGUAUCAUUGUGUCUCAGACUUCGGGAGACAUUGGAUAUAUAAUCCCUCGCCGCGAUGUCCCUUUUCAAUAUCUCAUGUCGCUGAUCGAUGGCAAAUUUUGGGAAGGGAAGCUGAAGUUGAAGUUGUGGUUGUUAGUAAAUCAGUUCUGUGUAGAAUCAGGCUUUUCGAGAAUCUGGUAUCUGGAGCAGAUUGUCGAUACGAUGUCACAAGUCAAUAUUUGCUGCUGGAAGGAUUUGAUGUCAUGUUUAAGGGAAGUGGUUUGGAUUGAGGGUUUGGCCCCAUUAGACAUGUCAGAACUGCGUUUGUAUGUCGAUAAGCAACUAUCCUAG